AUGGCUGAUUCAACCACCCCGAUCUCUACCCGUCCGAAAUCCGAGGUAGUUGUCCCCCAGCCUUCUCAGCCUCCCAGUGAGGUGAUUUCGAGGUGGUCAGACCACAACGUUGAGCUUCCAGCAAUGGUGAUCGUACCAAAUUCAGAAGAAGAUAUUUUUGAUGCUAUUAAGCUUGCCAAAGAGCGGAAACUCACACUUAUCCCGGCAGAUGGUGGUCACGGCUCCUUUGUGCCAAUCACAUCGAACACCCUGUAUCUAGACAUGAGGAAGUUCAACAGCGUGGUCGUUGAUACGUCUACGGGGACUAACGAGGAGAAGUUGGAUGUGAGCUCGUCAUCGGAAGGAGAAGGAAAGGCUCUGUUCAACGCUCUCUGCGGCGCCGGUCAUGGACUCGGAGUUAUCACAUCAGUGACAAUGAAGAUUUUCCCUCUAAAAAGUUUGAACCUGACCAACGACUGCAUUUGGACUCGCAGAGCCGUCUUCCCAUCUACUGCCAUAGCGGCUGCUGCCGAGGCAUUCGCGCAAUUCAGUGAUCCACCACCUCCUCUAGCUAUCUCCAUGGUCUUCUUCAGGACCCCUCCCAAUGCCCCCGUUCCAGAUUCGCAUACGAUCAUGCUCUCAGCGUCAUAUUAUGGGCCUGCUCAUGAGGCCGAGCUCGCAGUUGCCUUACUCUUUGAGCCGGAACUCGUCAGCAAAGCCAACAAGGUAGAGACUCUCUUUGUUCCGAUGGCAACCGUUAACAAUGGGCUUGACUUUAUGGAUGUCCAUGGAGGAUACAAGGGUAUUUCCUCCUGCUACGUGAGCUUUGUGAACAUGGAAUCUAUCAAAGAGAGUUUUGAGAGCUGGGCUCGGCUGUCUGGCCGGUUCAGCACAAACAAGGCCGUUGGACUAGGGCGAAGCGAAGAAGGGCAAUUCAAGUUUCUUGGGAUUCGGGGCCGUAGCAUAUUCGCUAAUACGAUCCGGUGGGCCCAGAGUUGGGAAACGAAUAAGUCUCUUGAUCAGUUUUGUGACGAGUUCAUGGAGAUCGCCAGACGGAAUGACGCAGGGCCGCCGAGGACACUGGCCAAUAACCAGUAUUCGGGGAUAGAUCUAGAAGAGCUGUAUCCCAGCGGCAGAGUUGCCGAAUUGAAGCGUGUGAAAUCAAUAUGGGAUGCAGAACGAAUGCUCAACCUUGAAAUAGAUGUGAUCACUUUUCACAGCUUCCGACACACCUUCGCAAAUCUAAAAAAUACCGAUGGUCUGUUCCAUGCAAUAAUAACGCUGGUGUUCAUCUUCCCUGAUGCCAACGACGUGGUCUGGGGUAUCGAGGAGCAUAUGCUUCUGUGUAAAGGCGAAGAGCCCAUGGUGCUUAAGAAAUCUUUAUCUGAUGGUUGUUCCAUGCUUGCAGUGGCGUGCAGACUGAGCAGUCUAUACAAAACGGAAGACGUGAAAGAUUGGCUCAGCGAACCAAGUGGAGCAAGUGAACGCGGUAGAGUGAACGCUGCAAUUAACAAUCUUGAAUUUAUUCCGAGAGAUGAGGAACAAACGGCGACGACUACUGGGGAAGAUAUACAAGAGACCCUUCGUCAGAAGCGGAAAAAUUGGUUAUUGAAUUCCGUGAUAGAAAUCGUUGGGUAUUAUCAGCCUCCCUCAACUCAGCUUGUACGAUUCAAGCUCCUGCUCUUCUCUUAAACUACUCCGUCGGAGCCUUUCUCACUGGCUUCG